CUCCUCCUCCUCCUCCUCCCUGGCGGGCUUCCGGAGGUGAGGAGCGAGCGAGCGGGGAUGCGGUGAGGCGCGCUGAGCGAGAGGGAGAGAGAGACCUCUCCGGCGUCGAGGGAGGCUGCCUGGCCGGGGAUGAGGAGGAGGCGGCGGCGAGGGCGAGGAGGCGAGGGCCGCGGGAGAUGCGCUGCUCCGCGGCGGCGGCUCCCGGAGCAGCAUGUUGGCCGACCCUGCGAAUGUUAACCCCGCCGGCGGGCAGCCGGAGCCGGGAGGGAGCCCCGCGGCUGGUUCCGGCUCCCUGGCAGCGCGAGGGCCCGGCGCCUUGGCCCCCACGGCCGCGGAGGGAGACGGCGAAGAGGAGGAGGAGGAGGAGGAGGAAGCGGAGGGAGGGGGCCCUCGCGGCAGCGGCGGCUGUUCCCGCCUCGCGCUGGCGCUUGGAGCGGCCUCGGCGCUCGCGCUGGCCCUGGCGCUGUUCCUGGCCCCGUCCCGCCUCCCCCUGCAGCUCGCAGGAGCCCAGGCCGAAGAAGAAGAAGCAGGAGGAGGAGAGGCCUGGCUGCCGCUCCGCCUCGCCCUCUACCUGCUCAGCGCCGGCGGAUCCUUCCUCCUCGGCGCCCUCCUGGCUUUGGGCCUCCGCAGCCGGAGGCGACCCCGGCCCCUGCCCGAUUUCCUCGCCGCUUGGAAGCGCCGCCACCUGGGAAGAGAACGGAGAGACUCUCCCUUCUUGCAAGCGGCGGAGAAUCUUUUACUUGGAAACGCACAUGAAACUGUUCAGUCAAGGAGAGUGGUGAUUUCUCAUAACAUGGACAAAGCUCUGAAAGAAGUGUUUGACUAUAGCUACAGAGAUUACAUUUUGUCUUGGUAUGGGCAUCUUAGCCGAGAUGAGGGACAACUGUAUCACCUGCUAUUGGAAGACUUCUGGGAAGUUGCCAAGCAGCUGCGGCAAAGGCUCAGUCAUAUUGAUGUAGUUAAAGUUGUCUGCAAUGAUGUAGUGAAAGCUUUGUUCUCCCACUUCUGUGACCUUAAAGCAGCCAAUUCCAGACUAGAAGAGCAGCCACGACCAUUUUUAUUGCACCCUUGUUUGACGAAUUCAGAUGAAGAAGCAAGAUUCCUGCAAUCAUGUUCUCAGAUUCUGGUGUAUUGUCUUCUACCCUCAAAGGAUGCCCGCUCUCAAAGCUUGCGCAUAGUCCUUGCAGAAAUACUUGCAUCAAAAGUGCUAAAACCAAUGGUUGAGCUGCUGAGUGAUCCCAACUACAUCAACCAAAUGCUGCUUGCCCAGAUGGAGUACAGAGAGCAGGUGAACGAACAUCACAAAAGGGCCUACACAUAUGCUCCUUCUUAUGAAGAGUUCAUCAAGCUUAUCAGCGGCAACUCUGAUGUUGAGUUCCUCAAACAACUAAGGUACCAGAUUGUAGUGGAAAUAGUUCAGGCAACCACUAUCAGCAGCUUUCCACAGAUGAAGCGCCAAAAAGAAAGUAAAGGAAAAGAGACUGCUGCAAUGAAAGCUGACCAUCUUAGAGCAAGAAACAUGAAAAGAUAUAUUAAUCAACUAACUGUAGCAAAAAAGCAGUGUGAAAAGCGAAUACGGCUUUUAGGAGGUCCUAGUUAUGACCAGUCAGAAGAUGGCACAUUUGAAGAUACUGACAGCCCUCAGACCCAGAAGAUUCUUCAGUUUGAGGAUAUUUUGUGCAACCCAUCCUAUAGACAGCACUUCCGAAUAUAUAUGGAACGAAUGGAUAAAAGGGUUCUAAUCAGCUACUGGGAGUCUGUAGAAUACUUGAAGAAUGCAAACAAGGCUGAAAUACCUCAACUUGUAAGUCAAAUCUAUCAGGAUUUUUUUGUGGACAGUAGAGAAAUCCCUGUGGAAAAAUCACUAUAUAAAGACAUACAGCAAAGCCUUGUGGGCAACAAAGGUGUUGAAGUGUUUUACAAAAUUCAGACUGAUGUUUGUGAAACACUGAAGGACAGGUAUUACCCAUCAUUCAUUGUCAGUGAUUUAUAUGAGAGAUUGAUCAAAAAGGAAGAAGAAAGGAGUUCUGUACAGAUGGCAUCAGAUGACAAAGAUGAAGUGAACCAAGUUUGUGAAGAAGCUCUUGAUGAAGGCAGCUCAGGAAUUAAUGAACAGGCCAGUUAUGCUGUAAAUAAGCUACGCCAAUUAAAUGACAAACUUGAAUAUAAGAGACAAGCUCUAAAUUCUCUUUGUAGUUCACCAAAACCUGACAAAAAGAUUGUUUCUAAAUUGAAGGACGAAAUCACUCUGAUGGAGAGAGAACACAGUGACCUUCAGUUACAUAUUGAAAGAACAGAUUGGUGGUGUGAGAAUUUCGGCAUGUGGAAAGCCUUUAUACAUACUAGUGAGGUCAUAGAAGAGAAUGGCGAACAAGUGCCCUGCUACUCUGUCAUGGUGAGUUUACAAGAGAUCGGUGGCAUUGAAGCAAAGGAAUGGAUUGUUCUCCGAAAACUCAGCGAGUUCCAAAGCCUGCACCGGAAACUCAGUGAGUGCUUCCCAUCAUUAAAGAAAAAUCAGUUGCCUUCACUCAGCAAACUGCCCUUUAAAUCUGUAGACCAGAAAUUCUUGGAAAAGUCUAAGAACCAAUUAAAUAACUUCUUACAGAAAUUGCUUUCUGACGAAAGGCUCUGUCAGAGUGAAGCUCUUUAUGCCUUUUUAAGCCCUUCCCCAGAACACCUCAAGGUUAUGGAUGUACAGGGAAAGAAAUCUUCUUUUUCGCUUUCUUCUUUCUUGGAAAGGCUUCCUGGUGAUUUCUUUUCUCAUCAGGAGGAAGAAGUUGAAGAGGACGACGAUCUUUUAGACUACGGAGAGGAUGUGGAUGGCAAACGAGAUGCCCUUGCUGAGCCUUGCUUCAUGCUGAUAGGCGAGAUCUUUGAGCUGCGAGGAAUGUUUAAGUGGGUGAGGAAGACGCUGAUUGCACUAGUUCAAAUCACUUUUGGCAGAACCAUCAACAAGCAAAUUCGUGACACUGUAAAUUGGAUCUUCAGUGAAGCAAUGCUUGUGUACUAUAUCAACAUAUUCCGUGAUGCUUUUUGGCCAAAUGGAAAAUUGGCAUCCAGCACAAAACCCAAAAGUGAAGAGCAAAGCCGGGAGAUAAAGCAGAAAGCACAGCAAAAAUUACUAGAAAACAUUCCAGAUACUCUCCAGAAUCUUGUGGGACAGCAAAACGCUCGCCAUGGUAUAAUCAAAGUAUUCAAUGCACUUCAAGAAACCAAGGCCAAUAAGCAUCUUCUUUAUGUAUUAUUGGAAUUGCUGCUAAUUGAACUGUGCCCUGAGUUGCGAACUAAUUUAGAGCAGUUUAAAGCAGCCCAGGUUUGAAUCUGCACAAGCAAAAUACUAGAGAAAUGUCUAUUAUUAAAAAUAGACAUGAAAUGAUUUCCCUCUUUUCCACAGAGGGCUGACUGAAGAUUCCUGACAAUUUGUAGAGUAUUUUUUCCCUUUGCAUUUUACGUGAAGCAAAGAAAGACUUGAAAAGAAUGGAUGAUGAUAGGAUAGAAUGCCAGCAAGUGUAGUUUCUGGCUUUUAUUUAAAUGGUUAUAUGAAUAACUCAGUUUAAGAUGCAGAUUGAAAUGUAAAUGUUAAUAUAACUUGUAAGAAUUAUAGAAUAUUUUAAACAUUUAUGAAAGACAUUUUGCUUUAGUGGUAUAUCAAUGAAUGUUGUACAGUUAAUUUCCUUGCUGAGGAUUAUGAGCGAUCCUCUUAUUUUCUUGUGUAUUGAAGAGCCUUGUUGUGCAAUAUAUGUAAAGAUAUUGUGUAAAUUUUACUGUUUUUAUUUUUACCAAAGAUUUCCCAUAGUUUGGAGCCUUUGUAAGCAAUAAAUAAUAAAACCAGA